AUGUCAAAGACCUUUGGUAAAAUAUGUGUCCAAUUUUAUUUGUUACCUGAAUUUUUGAGGGAAGGAAGAUAUCGGCGUUACGAAGUUAGGAAAAGUCGACGAUCCCAAAAAAGUCACCAAGGAAGAAUGGAAGAAGGUUUUACCCAAGGACGCUUUUGAGGUUCUGAGGGAGUCCGGUUAGUCGAAACUCUGAAGAAAUUUAAGGGACUUUCGAUUGUUAAGGAACGGAACCAGCUGGAUCCGGAGCUUUCGACAAACAUUUCGAAAAAGGCCGCUACGUGUGCUUGUGCUGUGGCGCCGAACUCUUCAAGUCUGAUAGGAACUCAAUCUUCGAGAAAAAUGACUUGAGUUCAGCUCGGACUCAAAGUAUUGGUCGGGUUGUGGCUGGCCGGCGUUUUCCAAGUCGGUUGGAGAAGACAUGAACAUCGUCAGAAUCAAGGACAACUCCUAUGGAAUGGAACGGACCGAAGUCCGGUGUAAAAAGGUGUGUCCCAUUGAAAGGUUGAUGGAAAAUGGGCUGAGGGAACGUGGUUUAGAAAAAGACUUGCUGAGAUUAACACCAAAAGUUAAAAUCCUCACUUCUCUUAUUAGUUCAGUUUUUUUACUUAUAAUUUUUUUCCAUGAACAUCAAUUUCAGAUCUUUGAGAACAUUUUUUCUAAAAGUUUCAGACCUUCGUAGAAGUUCUUUUUAAACUUAUUUUUGGUAGGUAUUGGGAAGUAAAUUUGAUGUUUGAGUGUAAUUUAGCUUUCCUAAGGUCGGAACGUAGAUAAUCUCAACGCGCUCUAGAAAAAAGUUUUGUGGAUUUUAUUAAACUUCGUGUUUUUUUUAUCACUUUUUAACUCAAUUUUAAGAAGGAAUACAGGAUCAUCAACAAAGAAAAAAAUAUGGAAGAUGAGAAAAAUUUCACAAUUUCUGAAAUAUUCAUUUUUUUAGCAGGGACGAUACACUUGUAGAGUUGAUAUGAUUGAAGUUCUAGAAAAUAACUUUAUGUUCAAUUUUUCUCAUCUACCAAACAGAAAUAAAAGAGAAAAGUAGGUUGAUUUGAUGAUAAAUUAGAGGAAAAUCUUAUUUUUUUGACGUUCAAUGAGGGCAUUGCCGGAACUGGUUAUGAACAUGAACGGGGGAAAAUAAAAAGGGGAUGAAUUAUGAAAGUCGUUAACAGGCUUGUUUCUCAUCCAUCUGAAAUAUUAUUUCAAGAUUCUUUUGGAAACCUGUAACUUUAGUGUGUUCACAACAGCUUUCUUAUUUUUUUUAAGACUCAUCGGCGAAAAUAAUUUCUUAGGGUUGAUGGAAAAAAACGAUUGUGUGAACGAUAACGUCUUGAAUUGUCUGUCGAUUUCAUGGAUCAGAGCUGUAGGAGAAGGUUCUCAGUCAUUUCCUUGAUCUCCUUGACGUUCCUGGAUGACGCUGAUGAAGAUGUUGUUUAGUGCGACGCCCAUCUCGGCCAUGUUUUUGACGACGGACCCAAGGAAACCGGCGAACGCUACUGCAUCAACAGCGUCUGCAUGGCUUUCGAGCCGAAAACCGAAUAA